AUGUCCUACCAAGCACCCCCUGGACGCCCGGGAAACCUGACUCCUGAACAGGAAGAGAAGCUCCGUAAAUUAUGGACAGCUGUCUUUCAACUCACUGGCGUUGCCGACGAGGAGAGUUCCGGCGCUGAACUUCUGUCACCGAAGGAGGAUACGAGUUCGGCUGAUGCUGAUCCAAAGAAGAAGCGAGGUUUUGGCAUGUUCAAGAAGGGCAAAUCCGGCGCAUCAACACCAACUGAGUCUACCGAUGAGGACAAAUACAACGAAACAAAGCAAUUCCAUGAGACUUUAGCCAAGGAGACACCCGAGACUAUCCGUCACACCAUUUGGAGCAUGGUGAAGCACGAUCAUCCUGAUGCUCUAGUGCUGCGCUUUCUCCGGGCACGAAAAUGGGAUGUCGAGAAGGCUCUUGUCAUGUUGGUCGCGACUAUGAAUUGGAGACACAACGACAUGAAGGUUGAUGCUGACAUCAUGAAGAACGGUGAUGCCUUUGCGAUUGAGGAUGAGAAGACUGACUCUCCUACUAAGCAAAUCAGCGCCGACAUGAUGAAGCAGCUUCGAAUGGGCAAGAGUUUCCUACACGGCACCGACAAGCAAGGCCGACCUAUCUGCGUUGUCCGAGUUCGUCUCCACAAGGCAGGCCAAGAGUGUGAAGAGAGUUUGGAGAGGUACACUGUCUACAUCAUCGAAACAGCUCGUAUGACUCUCGAGCCCCCCGUUGAUACUGCUUGUAUUGUCUUCGACAUGACGGGCUUCUCCAUGGCCAACAUGGAUUACACUCCUGUCAAGUUUAUGAUUAAGUGUUUUGAGGCCAACUACCCAGAGUCUCUUGGUGCCGUUCUGGUGCACAAGGCUCCCUGGUUAUUCCAAGGUAUCUGGAAGGUUAUUCGUGGCUGGCUCGACCCUGUCGUGGCGGCCAAGGUUCACUUCACCAACAAUCGAUCUGAACUCGAGGAAUUCAUUUCACGUGAUCACCUGAUUAAGGAACUCGAGGGUGACGAGAAUUGGGAGUACAAGUACGUGGAGCCUGUCCCCGGCGAGAACGACAAGAUGAAGGACACGCAAACACGGGAUCGCAUGCUGGCUGAGCGCGAAGAAUUGGUCAAGAAGUUUGAACAGACAACCCGUGAAUGGAUUCGCCAGCCUGAGGGCGAACAAGGCAAGCAGCUCAAGGCUGAGCGCGAGAAGAUUGCCAAGCUAUUGAGGGAGGACUACUGGCGUCUCGACCCGUACAUCCGGGCACGAACACUAUAUGACAGACAGGGAGCGAUCCAGACCGGUGGCAAAACCGACUGGUACUCACUCAAGCCCCCAGCUGCCGUGGCCACCACUUCUUCUGAUGACUUAGAUUAG